UUGUCUUUAGUCGUUUAAGACGGGAAAUUACUCAGCACGUUCUCUUGUGUUUGUUAAAUAUUACGCUUAAUUGUACUUUAUAAAUAAAUAAAUAAUCCUGGCGCAGAGACGAACACGAAAAACCAGUCAUGACUCAAAUUGAGGGUGUGUCUUCAGCGGCUGCCGGAGAUCUGGGCGCAUAGCUGCAGACCGCAGUCGAGUAAUCCACAGCAAAAAAAGUGACAGGCUUAGGUCGACCUCCCUUCGCUUGGGAAAAUAACGCGCUGGUCUGUGAGACUCGGCAGAACACAACUUUACUGACUUCGCAUUUGAACUGCGCUGUUCUGCGGGUCUGGUUUCGGCUCCGGCGAGGGGGCGAGGAUUUGAGUGGUUGGUUUGAUUGAACUGCUGUUGGUCACCAUGGGGGAUGUUGUUUCAGCUCACCUGGACGAAAGUAAGAGGCAGUACAUAUCAGAGAAGACGGGGAAGGUGGCGGGCGAGUUCUGCAGGUACUACGAGCAGCAGUUCGGUGUGGCGCUCUUCAACAGCGUGCGCUACGAGAUCGAGGGCAACGGCGGACCGCAGACACAGCUCCUUCACCGCAAGGCGCCCCUGGAGGACAAGUCGAUAUUCUCCGGGAACCUGUUCCAGUACCUGGAGGAAAACAAGAAAUGGAGGAACCGGUUCUUCUUCAUCCCGGAUUGCUACGAGGUGCUGUUCUACGAGACCCGGCUGGCCUACGACAGAGGGCUGCACCCCAAGGGAGCUAUUAACUGCGCUGGGUACAAAGUGCUGACAUCACUGGAGCAGUACCAAGAACUGAUCAACAGCAGCCUGCCCAACCUCAAGGUGAAGCCUGGCUCCCAGUACCUGAGGUGUGCCACUCAGUACCCCAUCAUCCUGUGGCACCCGUACGGCCGGCACUUGUACUUCUGCGUCCUGACAGAGAAGGAGCAGCAGAAAUGGCACGCCGUGUUCCAGGACUGCGUGCGGCACGCCAACAACGGGUUACCGGAGGACUCCAGAGUGGAGACACCGGCCUUCACCGAUGCCAUCCGGAUGUACCGGCAAGCCAAGGAGCAGUAUGGCACCUGGGACAUGAUGUGUGGCAGCCCCGUGCAGAUUCUGUCGAACCUGGUGAUGGAGGAGCUGCACCCUGAGCUGAGGAAUAUGAUCAGCCCCAGACUGAAGGGCAAAGUUCAGGAGAGACAGAGGCACUGGAUACUGAUCUCAGAUGCCGUGUACCGGAUAGUGCAGACGCAGUGCCAGGCUCAGUAUGAGGCCGUAGUGCAGCGCUGUGAAGCAGGGCGCCCCCCGCUGGAGAGUUCAAUACGCACAGACAUGGACCAGAUCAUCACCUCCAAGGAGCACAUCGCAAACAAGAUCAGAGCCUUCGUGAUGCCCAAGGCAGAGAAGUGUGUGAAGAGCCACGUCCAGCCCUACAUCUCCUCCAUCCUGGACGCUCUGAUGAGCCCCACCAGCAGGGGCUUCUCCGAGGUGCGCGAGGUCUUCUUCCGCGAGAUCGUGGAGAUGAACAAGAACGCCAUCAACGAGGGGGGCCAGGAGAAGCUGGGCGAGCACAUGGAGAAGAUCUCGAUGCUGGCCUUCCACCCUGUGAAGAUGCAGAGCUGCUAUGAGAAGAUGGAGGAGCUGCAGCUGGAGGGUCUGCAGCAGAGGUUCGACGUGUCCAGCCCUGCUGUGUUCGUGCAGCGCGCACAGAUCCUCAUGAGAGAGCAAAUGGACAAUGCGGUUUACACGUUCGAGCAGCUGCUGCACCAGAGUCUGGAGAAUUCGGCGGACAAGGAGGAUCUGUGCAAGGCCAGCCAGCGCAUCCAGGACAGAGUGAUCAAGAAAUAUGACUACGACAGCAGCACGGUGAGGAAGAAGUUCUUCAGAGAGGCUCUCCUGCAGAUCAUUAUCCCCUACAUGCUCAAGAAGCUGGAGCCGUCCUGCAAAGCCGAGCUGCCCAAGUUCCAGGAGUUAAUUUUCGAGGAUUUCUCCAAGUUCAUUCUGGUGGAGAACAUCUACGAGGAGGUGGUCCUCCAGUCCGUCAUGAAGGACAUCAUGCUGGCGGUGAAGGAGGCGGCGGUCCAGAGGAGGCACAACCUGUUCCGGGACAGCAUGGUCCUGACCAACAGCGACCCCAACCUGCACCUGCUUGGAGAUGGGCCCUCCAUCGACUGGGAAAGCCAGUACGGCGGGGGUCUGGAGGAGCCUGACUCCGCAGACCUGCCGAUCACUGAGAAGAGGCGGCGCAUGAAGCAGGUGGUGUCCAUGAUCCAACUGGAGGGGAUGCCGCCGCUGCCCCACGAGUCCUGCCUGGAGGUGCCGACGGAGAAGGGUAUCCCCGAGGAACAGGAGCCAGAGGUGGGGAGCGAGCCGGAGGUGCCCACCUCUCCGGAUAGCAUCCACCAGAUCAGAGACUUGAUAAACCCUGUGGUCACGCUGGAAACCAGCGUCCCUGCAGCGGACAGCCCCCCGCUCACUAACGGAACUGUGCCCCAGCCUGGGCAAAAAGCCGAAAGUAAAGAGGAGCAGAAAGCGGACCCUUCCCCUGCCUGUUUGGAACAGCCCUCUUCAGUCACCUCCCACGACGACAGCGGCUUCCAGUCCCCAGCCAGGGAGGAGGCGGAGGAUGAGCAAGCUCAGCCAAUCACAAAAGACCCAGCCCCAGUGGGAGAAACCACUGCCGUGCUGGCCGAGGGGGAAGUGACUUUGGAUGCCAAGGUGGAUCCCUCGAGUGACAGGGAGACUAGAGAGGAGGUGUCUGGGAAAACGAGUCCGGAAGAUUCUGUCUGUUAAGCACAUUUAAUAUAAAAAAAAAUACAUGGAAAUAAAAAAGAAAUGGGAGGAAAUGCAUUCUUUAAAAAAAAAAGGGAGAGAGGUAGACAGGCUUUAUUUUAUUGUUGUGUUUUUGUUUUGAUUUUUUCAAGAAUGGCGCAGCAUUUAGGAGGGUGAAUUAGAGGGAUUUUAAAUGGUGUGAUUUUUUUUUUUCAUUAUUUGAUAAAUCAGUGCUUUAGUGAAGAUUAGCUAUGCUCAGCACGAAGCUGAGUGUUAGGGCUGAUUCGCUGUGAACAGGGCUGCUCUGGUGAUCUGCUGGGGAGCUGGAGAUCAGGUUUGCUGUUCUGAUUUUCUCAUUCAUACAUGUGUGUUAGUACCUGUUGGAGUUUUGCCACCGCCUUUAAUACAUAGAGAACCCCACAUGCACACUAAGCCUGCUCGGUUAGUUGCCUUUAAUACAUAGAGAACCCCCACAUGCACACUAAGCCUGCUCGGUUAGUUGCCUUUAAUACAUAGAGAACCCCCACAUGCACACUAAGCCUGCUAGGUUAGUUGCCUUUAAUACAUAGAGAACCCCCACAUGCACACUAAGCCUGCUAGGUUAGUUGCCUUUAAUACAUAGAGAACCCCCACAUGCACACUAAGCCUGCUAGGUUAGUUGCUUGCAGUAAUUCUAUAAUAAAUCUAAAUAACGCCAAUAAGGAGAUUAUUCAGUGGUUUGGUAAGAAACAGGAUUCCUUUUUUUUUUUUGUAAUUACUAUUAUUAUUAUUAUUAUUAUUAUUAUUAUUAUUAUUAUUAUUAUUAUUAUUAUUGACUGCACUCAAGCUGCUGCAAGGAGUGCAGAGGGGCACGGAGAUAUUAAGGGUUAAUGUGCAGGUUGAGUUCACCUGAUGAGGGUAAAGACCUCCUCAGUGAUUUGAAAGGAGAUCUGACCAGCUGGUUGCAUAUUCUGCUACAUGACGUAGCAGCUCAGUGUUGAAACGUGUCACGAGAGUCCUGGUUUGCAGAGACAGUGCAGCACAUAGGAAACUAAAUUGCAAACCCUGUGGAUGUGGAAUGCGUCCACAGCGAGUGGUAGAUUUACCGUGGCAUCGUCUCGCCGUACUAACGUGGCUCACCACCGCUUGAUCCGCUAGAAACAGGCUUGCUAGAUUGAUUCUCUUUGCUGAUCAGGGCAGUUUUGCUGUUUUACCUUGAGAGAUGCCUGGUUUGAAGAGCACCUUUGACAGGUGAGGUCCUGCUGAAUCAGGCCAGCUGCGCGUGAAUCAUUUGGAUUUGCUGAUCAGCCCUGCUUGAAGAAAGUCGAACGAUCGCCAAAACAUUCAAAUAACAACAAUCACAUUCUUUUACAUGCUUGAAGUAAAAAUAGUAAGUCUUUUAUAGUUUGUUUUUUGGUUUUGUUUAUAUAUAUAUUUAAGUAUAUUAUUUAAUUCUCUUUUUUUUUUAUUUGAAAGUGUUUUAACGUUGGACCAGUUGUUUCAGAAUCGUUCCACUGAAUUUGACCACGGGUCCGGAUGUAAUCCUCUGCUUGCGGUGUGCGUCAGAUUUGUGCGAGUGUCCUGUACAGCUCAGACCGCUGCAGCUGUCUUGGUCUGACUGCAGUUUGUCACGGAGCACUCCACAAAAAAAAAAAAACGAAGGACUUGAUCACCCAGUAGAAACACAUGAAAAACAGCUGAGGCAAGAGGGACCACUUAAAAUGUAACACACACAUUCCUGUUCCGCAAAGAGAAAGUGGACACCGGAAGAUUCGGACGGGCUGUCGAAUCUGUUCGAGAGAAGCGUUAAGAGUUGGGAAUGUUAAGUUAAGUGCAGGUAGAAGUACUACAUUACCUUUGUUUAAGUCCUUGACUAAUUGAAAUAGUUUCAGUGUCUCCAAUGGAGAGAAGUGAUGCAAACAUGAUUCAGGGGCAGACAGAAGACUCUGUUGAGCGCGGUCGUUCUUUCUGCAGCGCUGAAGAAGUUAACGAAGGAAGUAAAAGGUGGGAGAACGACACGUAGGAGUGCGUUUAGUGGCAUCCUGGGUUGUAGUCCUGAGGUGAGGUGGGGGGUGUCAUUUAGAAGGAGAGUCACAUAGAAAGGCUACAGACUUCAUCUAGACGAGUGACAAUCUCGCGGCCGUACUGGGAUGUUUGCCUGCGGUGUAAACUGUAGCUCUGAGGCGUAGCUUUACAUUUUGGGGAGUGAAAGUAUAAAAACAGUCUAUGUAAUAUUAAACAAAUAAUAAGCGGCUUUGUUUGUAGUAAAAUGGGACAAUACUGCGUGCACUUGUAUGAAGAUUGUUUUCCAGUUUUGCAAUAUAACGGUUAGCGACCUCUGUUGACUCUAAUGCAAAACCUUUCACCUAAUAAAUCAAAGCUGGUAGUAUAAUUCUGGGGCACCGUUUACUUGUUAUAUAACACGUGUUUAUUUAUGUGUUUAAAGCACUAAAGUCCCAGGGUCGAAUAGCGUGGAACGGUUCUUUAUAAUGGACAAGAAGCUGGAUGGGACUUUGCUGUACUGUUUCACAUUGUGUAUGUUUUGCCCUCAUUCCUCGGGUUGGAUAAUGCAGUGCUUGCUUGAUCGCAAUAUCGAGUUCACGUUAGCGAUAAUGUCGCCUUUCUUAUUUGUGUUUGUUCUGUAUUACACACCAUGCAUUUUUUUCUAUUUUUUUUUUUUUAAAAAAACGAUCCAAGCUAUUCAUCUGUUUUAUAAUAUCUGUUAACCUCUUAUUUGUGAAUGCCCACGUGCCCUUUGAAAAAUAUUGUAUUAAACAUGUCAUACAAACAUACCUAUAAUAAACUGCUCCCCCUUGUA